AACAAUGGCCGACAAGGUAUUCCACCCCCGCUCGGAGGGGAUCCCCUCCGAGGGUGUGAUGGACCAGUACGCCGACGGCAAGGCAGCCAGGGUCUGGAAGAAGUUCGUGGGAGACAGCAACCAGAGGACCCAGAACUAUAAGGACUUCCUGAUUGGACUGCUGCGAGCUAACGGAUGCAAGAAAAUAUUGGAUGCCGCUUGCGGCACUGGGAUCGACUCCAUGAUGCUGGUAAACGAGGGUUUCGAGGUGGUCUCCGUGGACGCGUCCGACAAGAUGCUGAAGCACGCGCUCAAGGCGCGCUGGGAGAAGAGAAAGGACCCUCAGUUCGAUCGAUGGAUAAUCGAGGAAGCCAACUGGGCGACCCUCCACUCAGACGUGCAGGCCUUCCUGCCCGGAGCCUCGUUCGACGCCGUCAUCUGCCUCGGGAACUCGUUCGCCCACUUGCUGGACGAGUACGGCGACCAGCGCGUCCAGAAGCGAGCGCUAGAAAACUUCGCCAAGUGUCUCAAGCCGGGGGGACUGCUGUUUAUCGACCAUAGGAAUUACGACGCUAUGAUCGAUAGCGGGGCCACGCCGGGGCAUUCCAUUUAUUAUAAUUGCAAGUACCCAGUGGACAUCAAAACAUCGGUGCUGGUGGUGGGAGGCAAGCCGCAGCUGGUCACUCUGGAUUACUGCAUCGGGGGCUCCCAAGGCGGAGAGGACCGGAGCGACUUCCGCCUCUGCUACUACCCGCACAAGCUAGAAAAGUUCACGCAAAUACUCAAGGACGCGUUCGGCCCCGGCAACACGCACAGCUUAUACGCCGACUUCAAACCUCUAUCCGAAGUUCCCGUGCCUGGCUUCUACAUACACGUUAUUAAAAAAACACAAUAAAAA